AUGCCGCCACGUGUGCAGCCUAAGCGAAAAGCUGCCGCGAAAGCCGCGGCAAAGGCAGAGCCAGAGGAAGCUGAGGAGGAGCCGGAGGAGCCUGAGGCUGAGGAGGAAGAUGCAGAGGAAGACGACGAGCCUGAAGAGCCUCCAGCCAAGAAGGCGAAGGCGCUUCCAACUCGUGGUGCUGUCGUUGCGAAGGCCAAGGCCAAAGCCAAGGCAAAGGCCAAAGGCAAGGCCAAGGCGAAGGCCAAGGCUCUUCCUGGCCGCGGUGGCGUGAUCAAGGCGGCGACCAAGGCUGCAGCCAAGGCAGUUGCAGCGAAAGAAUUUGCAGCUGUCUCAUCCAAGCUGAAGAAAUCCAAGAGCAAGGAGACAGUGGCCGGGGAAGGCAAGUGGUAUUACAUGAGCGACCUGCGCAAGAUGAAGGUUGGCGCAGACGAUGCGAAGGCCUGGACGGCCUACAACGCGAAGAUGAACAAGCAGUUGGAGACGGCGUAUAGCAAGGGCUUCAAGCAGUACACCAUGACUCUGGGAGACAAGCAAUACAUCGUCAAGUUCAACACCAUGAUGCAGUUUCGUGCCGACGACAAGAGCCUCCAACGACCAGUGAAGCGUGAGUGA